AUUGAUUUUUCCUUACUUUUCGCGUAUUUACUGUAAUUUUUCUACAAAACAUUACAUUCGCUAAUACAACAAUUAUUAUUGAGUGACUUCAAAAAUUAAAUAUCUAUGAAUACUUAUAAAGUGUAAAUUUAGUGCUGUAAUACAAAAAAUCGACAAAUAAUAAAGUUUCGUUGAUGCAAGGAACAUCAAUGAAGUAUUUCCAGUAGGAGGAUAUUUAUGUUUGGUGAAGUUUGGAUGCAAUCGGACUACCAAAGUCCGAUUAACAAGAACAGCAAAGUGGAGCACAAAUGCGUUCUUUGUAAUGCUUCAUUGGAGAGCAAAGAAGCUCUUCAGGAGCAUUUUAGAAAACAUGCCAAUAAAGAAAUUGAUAGUCGUGGAAAACCUCAUGGAAGUAAACCGUCAAAAGCAUCAGUUACUAAAUGUGACAUUUGUAGUAGAUGUUUUGAUACUAUUACCGCCGCAAUUAGGCAUCGAUUUAAAAUGCAUCCCAAUUCUCCGACAAAAUUUUAUUGCUACCACUGUGGAAUGUUAUUCCCAUUGAAGACAAAUAGAGACUCUCAUAUGACAACACAUGAUCCUUCAGAGAGUGAAAAUACAGCAGAGCAUAGAAAAUGUGAAGAGUGUGAUGUAAUAUUUUAUAAUGGUAAAGCUCUGAACUAUCACUAUAAAUCAGUGCAUAAAAGACUUGUACACCUUUUUCAACCUAUUGCAACCCCUCCACCGAGCAAUAAAAUCAAGGUAAAUUCAAUGAAUGAUGCACUUAGUGUUUACUAUUGCCACCUUUGUGGAGUUGAAUACAUUGUUAAAUUCAAUUUACAACAACACUUGGAAAAAUUCCAUUCAAAAGAAGAAAGAGAAUCCGUUCCAGAAGAUUUAAUAAAAUGUACUAUGUGUUCCGCCCUGUUCUGUAAUAAAAAAGCUUAUGAGGUACAUAAUAGUUAUCAUCAACCAGAUGAUCUUUAUGUUACUUCAGAGCAACAGAGACUGCAAACGAUAACAAAGAUCGAUCAAGAUUUUGAUAUUCGACGUGUAAAACCUCGAGCUGAAAAAUAUAUACCAAAGCCAACUGUACCAAGAUUAUUAAAACGAAAAAAACCACAAAAAUUAAAAAUAGACUCAAAGACUUUACCAAGUUUUACUAAAGUAAUGAUUAAAGAAGAAAAAGGUUUUUAUGAGGAUGAAAAUUCAGAUAAACAAGAUUUUUCAAGUGAUUCUGACAGUGAUAUUCCUUUAAAAAAAAGACUAGAAUCAAGCUAACAAAAAUUAAACUAAUUAUUGGUACAAAUUUGAUUCAUUUUGUAAAAUAACAAAUUUUGUUAUAAAAUAACAAACUUUAAUUGAAGUGUUUCUCUUUGAAAUAGUCAUAAAAAAUAUUUUUUAAGCUAUACUAUGCAAAAGGAAAACAAA